UUUGCGCCUUGAACGGUACGGUGAAGGGAGGGUCUCAGAUGCUUGGCCGGCAAAUUCAAAGGCUUGUGUGCGGUGCGCGGCGCCGGAAGGGGUCUGUUGGCAGAGGUCUAGUGGCCCCUUUACUGCAUAGCAACCACACGCCCUGAGCCCUCACGGCGUCGCUGCCAGUGGCGCUUCCCACGGCGUUUCAUGUGGUUCUACGCCCGACGCUAGAGCCUUCGAUCCCUGAACCCGUCAACCACAACCUAUGCCAACACCAGCCCGUCGCCGCUGUCCCCCAGAUGCGCUCGUAUCUCGGGAAAAUCUCCCGCGGCCAUCGUGCCUUUCCCGACGUGCCCGAGUCCGACUGCUCUGCACAAACGUGACAACUUACGCAUGUAGUAGGUGGUCGCUGCGGCAUCCAUGUCUCUCACCGCGUCCGGCCACCCCUGUUAAUCACCACCGCCGCGUCCGGCAUGGGCCCGCCCGACCUUCUUUCUCCGAGUCCCGUCACGCGCGGAAUGUUUCAAAAAAGCUCGUCCGACGUGACCGUCGUGGGCCACGCGCUCAAAUUACAAAGGCAUGUACAUAUAACGACUCAGCCCUGCCCCUUCCCAUAAGAAGGAAAAAGAAAAAAAAAAAAAAAUAUCAAAGUCAUCUGUACAACCCUCGGCGGUGUGUACUCGUAAACCCCCAUAUGAACUCCUUUGAAAGUCUUGUUCACUAAGACUGCUGUACCCCUGUCAUUCUCGUAGCCGAGCCUGCUAACGCCAAUCAACCAGGGUAAAGUCUGACCUCCUUGCUCAUCGAAGCGACUGCGCUGUUGAAAAAAAAAAAAACACCACAAAAACAGCAAAUAGAUUAUAU